CCAUUCCACUGGUCUCAUGUUGCUAAGCCGUGUUUGGUGAGCUCCGCCAACGCACCUGCUUUCUGGACGUGUCCUGCCGAUGGUGACCUUGGGAAUGCCUCACUCUCUGCAUAUGUACUUUUCCAUGUCUGGGCCCGUCCUGACAUAAUCAUACAAGCUGGACAACAAAAGAAAAUCGCUAUUUCCAACCAAAUGGAACACAUUCGGUGCUCUCAGACCUUGAGAUUAGUUUCGCAAAUGAAAGAUGUGUUCCUCAGAGUCCCUAUCCACCUCACAAGGCUGCUGAAAACUCUUCGACAUCCCACGACCGGUUUCGCCCUACUUGGGGCUCAUCAGACUGACUGUGACAAGUACAAUCAUUUGCAAAUCAAUUUGGUUUUCACGGGAGACUCGAGUGAAUCUCUUGUUUAUGGUAGGCGCAGUUCAGCCCCAUUCCACUGGUCUCAUGUUGCUAAGCCGUGUUUGGUGAGCUCCGCCAACGCACCUGCUUUCUGGACGUGUCCUGCCGAUGGUGACCUUGGGAAUGCCUCACUCUCUGCAUAUGUACUUUUCCAUGUCUGGGCCCGUCCUGACAUAAUCAUACAAGCUGGACAACAAAAGAAAAUCGCUAUUUCCAACCAAAUGGAACACAUUCGGUGCUCUCAGACCUUGAGAUUAGUUUCGCAAAUGAAAGAUGUGUUCCUCAGAGUCCCUAUCCACCUCACAAGGCUGCUGAAAACUCUUCGACAUCCCACGACCGGUUUCGCCCUACUUGGGGCUCAUCAGACUGGCUGUGACAAGUACAAUCAUUUGCAAAUCAAUUUGGUUUUCACGGGAGACUGGAGUGAAUCUCUUGUUUAUGGUAGGCGCAGUUCAGGUAGGCGCAGUCCUCGAGUCUCCGUCAACCUCAUGUUCUACCUGGGCUGUCGAAGGUCGCUCACUGGAUCGCGAGGCUUGUCUUUUUCUCACACUCACAAACACGUCGCAUUAAGCUGGCCCAUCGGACAUCGAUUGUCUGCACCGCCUAGUCAGCGCAGCAACCACUCAUGUGCCGACGCGCCCACAUACACGCACUGGGACCUACAUAAAGGCAAACCGAACCCAGUCAAGACACACAGACUCGCGCGCGCGCAGGGAGCAGGACGUCAACCUCUCCACAAGUCCACGGACAACCAUGGAUCUAACUGCGGAGAAAAACACGUUCCCGCCGUCCGGACUUCCACCAAGGGACUCUCGCAUCCGAUAAGUUCCCUUUUUGACUUGCUCCCAUUUCACAUUGUAUUUAUUUUUAUACAUGUCGCAACCAUACAAAAACUUCUAUUAGUGCACAUUCACCUUCUGAUUUGUACUAUGACUAUCGUCACCUGUGCACUAAUAUGCAGCACAUUCAGU